AUGGAUGCACAAAUAUAUUCUAUAGAGUAUGCCAACGCUAGAGCAGCGGAAAUAAAGGAGAUAGAAGCAAGCAUCGCAGCUACAAAAAAGAACAAAAUGUUAUUCCAGACUCUCCCAUUUCACAAAAGAAGAAGAACUGCGUCUUUUGAUGAGAGGCGGCUGCCAAAAGAGUAUCGAAGGAGAGCAAGAACAAAAAGAAGACAGAUCAAGCAGAGUGUGAAAGAUCAGAAAAAUCUGUUGAAGGCGCACACGUGGUAUGCAAAGCGAUUUAAUAUGUACAAAAGAGGAAACAUGGCAGUGCCUUUUAAGAGACACUCAAAAAGUGAAGGGUUUAUUGCAAAGGCAUACAACACAAGAGGAGUACUUUGUGAUGUUUCAUGCAAUCAGGUCUAUAUUGGAGUAACACCCAUGCCAACACAGAUUAUAAUAGAUAAAGAAUAUAAUAGAUCAAUUAUAUGGUCAGGCGAGGACAUUAUAACUCAAGAUAGCAAAACGAUAAAUGGGUGUUUGAAGGGGAAAAGUAUUGUUAUUACAGAGUCUAAAGAAUGGGUAGAUUCAAAUAUUAUAUCUGCUCAGGAAAUAGAAAAUCUAUCGGUAUUUGAGGUGUUUGGAAAGCAGACGCUAUUUGCCAAAAGCGAAUUGGUGAAUUGUACAAAAGUAGAAGAUCUUAUAGACCCAGAAACUCCAUCGUAUAUAUCCAUGCGAGUAAAAAACAAGUCAUAUGUUAUUGUUUCGCGCAAGCACUGCAUGUGGCUGCUGCAGAAAAUGUGUUUGCUCUGGCAUUGUACCCUGUAG